UCGUCACCACCUUGGGCAGUGGUGUCAGCACUCUGCCAAAACACGCGGUUCAAGUUAUUCGUCACGUGUGGAAUGAGCAGGGCAAAGCCAUUGCUGUGUCAGAAGAUGCAAGAAAUACGGCCACAGUGGGGCAGUUUGUAGAUAUGAAAUGGAAACUGGGAGUUGCGAUGAGCUCUGACACCUGCAGGGCUCUGAAGUACCCGUAUGUCACAGUGACACUAACAGUGGCAGACCCUUCAGGACAAAUAACAGACAAGUCUUUUGAAAUGACGAUCCCACAGUUCAAGAACUUCUUCAGACAGUUCAAGGAAAUGGCAUCUGUUCUUGAAACAGUUUGAAGGGAACUUUUAUUUCCAGUGACAUGUUGGAGGAAGAGCAAGUAAACUUUCCGUUCUGCAUAGGGAAUAAAGUGCCAUUGUUCAGCAAGUUUACAGGUGUUUUUUUAAAAAAUAUUCAUCUUGGAGCGUGCCCAAAUGAAAGCAAGACAGGCUUCCUUCCCAGUGAUGCUUGUGAGCAGGGAAGUCCUGGAUGCUGCAACCAGACAUGAAGCUUGAGAAUGGUACUGGAGUUUACAUUUAAAAUGAGGACUGUAAGUGCAUGUCUGGCAUGAAUCCCUGGUGUGCUGUGCCAUGCUGCUUCUCACAGUUGGGAAUGUGGGGAGAUGAGAGAUACUCAGCAGCCAACAGAGUCAAGACAACAGAUGUCGAUUUACCUAGGAGAGAGUCAAGGACGAUGAAAAAGAGGAUUAAGGAAUUCCCAUCUGUUCUUUUUUUUUAAUGUUAGCAGCUACACUGGCACCAUUCUUGGUAUUGUGUUGGGCCUACUCGUGCCCUGCUGUUCAUGCUAAGUUGUAUCUUCUUUUACCACACAUAUAGUAGGAAGUGGAGAAGCUGCAAUAAUACUUCAAUAAUGGUACACUUGAAGUCGUAAUGGUAUUUGCAUUUUCCUCUUGAAGAGACAUAAUUUGUGCCCUUUGGAGUACUCUUGCCUUCCAAAGCAUCUCUUCCAUGUUAUUUCUGCACUCUACUCCAGAUUUGCUAACCUUUCUAGCCUGUGGUUCAUCCUUAGUAAUAAUAUAUUUGUGAAAUAAUAUCAAUAUGUUCCUUUUAGCUUUGGCAAUAACAAGAAAUUCUGUCUUAGUUUCCAUUGCUAGAGAAUUGGAGUGAACCAGGAUCCCUUCCAUAUCACAAAUGAGGUAGAUGUAGCAGGCAUUGUUAAGGAUAGAGAAGAAGAUUCCAGCAGUUGCAGUACUUCAUGUCUUCCUCCUUUUUUGUAUGUUAUUGUUACUGCAGUGGCUGGGGAGUAGUAGAGAAGUAAAUGGCUCCUUUUUUACAAAAGAAAUAACAGGGAAUAUUGCAGAAGUUGCUCUAUUUCCUGCAAUAACUAGCUUUGCAGCUGAUCUGAGCUGCUGACAGUUACCAAACUUAGUAUUACUUCAACAACAGGGAUUCUAGUGAGCUGAUGUGAUGCAGUUUGGGAGGACAGGGCCCUAUUAAAAAAAAACAAAACCAAAAAACCCAACAAAUUUCAAAUACUUCUUCAUGGAAAGAUG